AUGUCUCGACAGGGAAUGAAAGUAUACAAGAUACUGAACGCAUCACCUGGGAUAGAAGAUUGGGGUACACCGCAGUGGCACCUCAUAUUGGCCCUCUUCUUCUCAUACGCUUCUAGUUUCUUGUGUAUCAUCAAAGGGGUAAAAUCUGUUGGAAAGGUUGUAUACGUCACGGCGCUCGGACCAUUCGUCCUGCUGGUUGUCAUCUUAAUCAGGAGUUUGUUUUUGGAAGGAUCUACAGAUGGAAUCAUCAUGUAUCUGAAGCCAGACUUGUCUAAACUACUGUCAUACCAGAUUUGGUUAGAAGCUGCAAUGCAGGUAUUCUACUCGCUAGGGCCGGUUUGGGGUGGUGUAACAACUAUUGCCAGCUACCACAAGUUUCGGGGAAAUAUCCUGAAGAACACCAUGAUUAUUGUGGCCGUUCACACAUUCAGUAACUGUCUGUGCGGUCUCGUGGUUUUUUCCAUCCUCGGGUUCUUGGCACAUGAAGCUGGACUCUCCAUCACGGAAGUGGCGGAAUCUGGUCCCGGCCUCGUGUUUCUAGUUUACCCAGAGUUUCUCACCCGCCUGCCUCUGCCUCAAAUAUGGGCCGUUAUCUUCUUCUCUAUGCUGUUUAUGGUUGGCCUCGACAGUCAGUCGAGUGCUUCCUGUUACUUCCUGUGA